AUGUCGUGGAACACAGCCAAGAAACGCUUCCAAAAAGAUUUGGACAAGUACCCGAAGGCGCUUCGCGAAGUUCUUUUGAACAGAACGAACAGAUUUAACCUUCCUACGUUUGAUGCGACUGAUUAUGUUCCGAAGCACGAAAGGAAAACUAAGUUGGAGGAUGUUGGCAUCGCCAGCGGUGACAUGGUUUAUGUCAGCGAAGGUGAACACAAGGGGAAAGUUUCUUCUGUUCUUCAGUACACAGAAGAAUCAGAUUCGCUUAUUUUGACGGAUAUCUUAUCGAAGAAGAUCAUUCCAAAAGCCUGGUGGAUCAAAAACCAGACCAGUCACAUUAUGGACUAUCCUGUGCCUAUCCCUCGCAAAAACAUUAAGUUGGCAGCCAAGGAUAGAGAUGAAGAUGGAAAGAUAUCGUUCAUUGUUGCUGAUGAAGUGGUGAUGAAGGAUAAGUACUACGAUGACAGAUAUAAAAGAUGGUUACCCAGAAGAUUUGUGAAACAUCACGAAAGCAUCGAAAUUCCUUGGCCAAAACCUCCAACUGAACCAGAGGAUGACUAUUUAUCCACAGGUGCAGAUGCCGUUUUCGUAAAAUCAUAUGAACCACAAUCGAUUGCCAAAUCUCCUCUUCCACAGGGUGUGCUAGCGGAACUCAGAAACCCUUACUCCUCGCAUAAGAGAAAGACGCUCACAGAAGUUCAAGCUCGUAAGCUUACUGCUCCAAAGAUGCCGUUAUCUACCGAACAGAAGAUAUACUUGGCCAAGAAAGCUCAACAACCAGAAAAGAAGCUCGAGCCAUUAUCAGAGGAAGUUAAAGACUUUAUCGGUGAAAGAAUUGCUGAGCAUCUUUCAAAGAUUGAAAACCCUGCCCUCUUGGCUCAUUUGGAAGCUUUAUCAAAAUCCACAAUUCCCGACUUUGAGAAAACUAUGGAGAAAAUUAAGGAGAACCAAUCAUGA